UUUUAAGUUUUCCGUUACAUCAUUUCAUUGGUACCAACAUCAGUCCAAGCCCCCAUCCCUCGGUAAUCAGCUAUCAUAUCUCGAUCAAAGAGGAUACCAAUGGUCUUUCUAUCCCAAUUUGAUUUUUACUGGAGGAAAUAUGGCAAAAUAUAAAUUUUGUUUCUAUAAAGUUCUACCAGAAGAAGUGGAGCAUGGACAGAACCCACUUGCGAGCCUGGGGAGGCCGCCUCUUCCUUCGGGCGUUCGAGUUUGGAUUCCUGGCACUUCUUUGGGGCCCUCCUUCAUUUCAAGGCUGGAACUUGGCGCUUCGUUCUCUUGAUUUCCCCCCUUGUGCUGCCAUUUAUUGCCCCCUUGUGUUGUUUUCUCUGCUGUUCUUGGGGUUCAGCGUGUGGCGCCUUGUUCGAAGGUUUGAGGAGCUCCGUGUAUGUGGGUGUUCCAGGUGUUCCAAGGGGAGCGAGGAGCCUGUUGUGGACACAAUAGGUUCGCCGAAAUGGGGAUAUAGGAAUUGCAAUGGUAGAGAGGGGGUGAGCGAUUUAUUGGAUGAGUCCGAGGAGGAAGAAGGGGAUGAAGAUGGUAAAGAGGAAGAAGGGGAUGAUGGAGAUGAGGUAAUGAAGUUGAGAAAGGUGAUUCGGGCUAAGGCGGUCAGGGAAUUGGAGAAGGAAAGGAUAGCUGCCGCCUCUGCUGCCGAAGAGGCAAUGGCAAAGAUUUUUUGGCUUCAAAAUGAGAAAAAUUUUGUGGAGAGAGAGGCGAGGCAGUACCGUGAAAUAGCUGAACAGAAGAAGGCGUAUGAUCAGCAAUACAUCGAGCAAUUGCAGUGGCAUAUAGAGAAACUUGAAUCGGAGAAGAGGGGAGAUUCGAGUAGGUGGGCAGAAGAUCGAGGCUAUGGAGAGUGAGGCCAGUUCUUGAAAAACCCUGCCAUCUUUCAAGUAAUGGAGGGAUGAUGGUGGGUCUAGAUUGUUCAUUCACUUCAUCUUGGAUGGACUGGCAAAUGGACAACUCAGUUUUUGAAGCUAAAUCCCAUCAGCUAUCGUAAGUUUGCAAGGUUUUAGAUCAAUAGGUUUAUACUUGAUAAAAAAACUUACACAUGAACUGCCUUAUUUGAAUAUUCAUAUGUGGUGCCAAUAGUUUGUUUUUAUGUGAUCUAGAGAGGCACUAAAACAUGUUAUCCAUGCCCCUUCCUGUUCUUGAAAGAGUUGUAAGACUUGACUGACAAAUGGAUUCCCAAAUUUGAGAAGUUCA